AUGACGGAAUCUCCUGAUCAACCGCAGCAAGCCGAGGAAAAUCAGACUAUCCCUGCUCCUCUCCAACUGAUCACCGGGGAAGAGCUCCAGAUGUGGAGAAGGGUUAUUCACCACGUCGAGAGGAUUGAUUUGCAAACACUCGAACUGAGGACGGUUAUCACACCGAGGGACCGGAUGCAAUUCAAUGAACUGGGUAAUUUUAUUACUUUUUUGUACAAAUCAAAAACAACAAGUGAGUCUUCAAUAUAGUCUGUGUGCCACGACUUGAAAUUUCAUGAAACGACAUUCCGCUUUUCCGCUGCGUGCGUUCGCGAAGCGUCUUUCGAAUCCAGGUCACGCUUCCAAUUGAUUGUUAAGCGCGACCGAGGUUCGCAAAGGCGCGCAGCGGCACAGCGUAAUAUCGUUCCGUGAAAUUACAAGUCGUGGGAUAGUCUGUGUGCCAAGAUUUGGAAUUUCACCGAACGACAUUCCGCUGUUCCGGUGCGUGCGAUCGCGAAGCGUUUUUGCCUAUGCGAGCUUCGGUAGCGCACGCAGCGGCACAGCGGAAUGUCGUUCCGUGAAAUUUCAAGUUGUGCCACACCACCUUUAUAAACUGAACAUUUAAAGAAUUCCUCCUGCCGCUUAACCCUGAGACGAAGCGUAACAAGUUGGCCGAGUACAAUCUCAAGCAAAAAGCUUUUAAUCAAAUGGUUAGUUCAUUCUCUUACUGUAAAGGUGCGCAAGUAGUUUCUAGUCGGGUGCAUAGAAAACUUGGUGUUUUUUGAAGAAAUUGAUUUCAGUUUUCCACAAUUGGCGAGAGAAACGCACACCAACAGAAGUUGAUCGACGUUCACUCCGGCUCUUGCGAUACAUUCCACGGAGAUGUUCAAAUGGCGAUCGAUGUAAGUUUAAUCAUUACUGACUUAAAAAAAGGUCCAUUCCGAGACAGUUUUACCUCAAGCAUAGGCAAAGCCGGAAGGACCCUUUACAGACCUUUUGAGCGUCCGUUAUGGAUCAAAAAAUGUGCCUAGACGGAUGGCAACGGUUUCCUUUUUACUGCCUUUUUGCGUCUUUUCGACUUUCAUCCACCCUUUUUGGACCCUUUACAGGCCCAUUGAGGGUUCUUUAUGGAUCAAAAAAUGUUCCUAAACGGGUGGCAAAGGUUUCCUUUUUACUGCCUUUUUCCGUGUUUUCAUCAGCCUUCAUCCACCCUUUUUGGACCCUUUUUAAGAAGCACAAUUUUUUUAAUAAUAUUUAACAGGGACUGCGUACAGCUGAUUCACGGCUGGCUUGAGCCAUCGAAAAAAGGGUCCUGACAUAAUUCACGAGAUCGCGCCUGGCUCGUGGAGGGCGCAGACAGGACACGCCCCCUUAGCGUCCCAAGCUGGCCUUGAAUCAGCUAUAUGAACCAAAAUGAGCUACAGUAAUAAAAUCGGAAAUCAUCAAUAGCCGAGCCUUUCAGCACCCUUUUUCCACCCUUUUUGCGGUCUCUCUCCUAUUUCUUCCUUUUUUGGGCUUUUCAGCUCACCAAGAAAGAAAGGCUCAAUGAAGGCCGCAAAACGGAACCCUUUUAGCGGCCAUUUUGCAGUCACUUUGGCAAUCAGGAGCGUUCAAAAACGUAAAAAUGAAGUGUCACCUCAAAAUUCUGAUUCAGAGCGGAGACGAAGUGAAAAUCGACGCCCUCUUCCGCAGACAGGUCGCCAACUGCUUUUUCCUAGAUCUCGCCAGGAAACUUUUUUGGUCCUGGUCCACAAAACGCAACUGGGCAUAAAUUAUCGUUCAUAUGAACCUUUUUCCGUGUUUCUGGCGGUAAAAUUUUCUUUACAAAACGAAAACAUUGAAUUUGGUCCAAGAAGAAUAAUGAAAUAUAAUGUGUUGUCCUUAUCGUUUCGGACAGAGCUGUGAAUAUUCGAUGACGUCAUAAUUUAUGGGACGCUACUGUGCGACUCGGCUAAACUAGACUGUUUUCGAUGACGUCAUCAGCUUGAAAUAGAGGCACACUAUCUUUCGAGCCCGAAUGUGAGCCCUUGAUCUAAAACUAGCAGGGUGAUUCUUAACAAAAUGGUGAAUUUAGGGGAGCCGGCCGCUUUUCUGUAGUGAUUUCGUUCAUUUCGAAAGUUCUGACUUGUCUGAUGACGUCAUAGUUUAUGCGACUCGGCUAAAGUAGCAAAGUCGUUCUUCACAACAUGAUGACGUCAUAGUUAAUGUAAAGGAACAAAAACAAUUCUCAAUAAGACCAUCGAUUCAUAAUGUCUGCGCCUUCUCAUCCGUUGAUAGAUACCCGAGGUACGAAGAAAUCGCACAUUGGUAACUCGGCUGUGCGACGCGCCUACUCGAAAGGACGGAAAAAAAAGACGCCGUCCUCCCCCUGGCACCUCGCCGAGCUAGAACAGUGCCCGACGGCUUCCCUCCCAUUGAUUUUCUAGGCGUUCCAGUGAUUUCUUCAUCCUUUUCCUUGGUUCAAAACUUGUUCGAUGUCCUGAAUUUUGAUGAAAUCUGUAAUUCAUAGUAUACUUAUAUCACAUUUUUAUAAACAAGUGUGAGUCAUAGUUCUUGGAACGCGAAGUAUUCUAAAAUCGACCCAAUUUUUUUAAUCUCAGAAUUUCUCGCUAGUAGCCUAGUCAUCUUUUUCUUUCUUCAACUUCCUCAUUGUUUUUGUCCCUUAGUUCUAUCAUUUUCUUUUAAAUUCAGUUAAAAAAAGAACCUUUUCUUUGAAAAAGUCUUGACGAUUGGAGCAUUCCUAACAAGGGAAGAAAUUUUGCUUCACGGCUUGGAUUUCUCUACAAGUGCUCAAAUGAUCUCCGAAAAAUUAUAAGAAGUUACAUCAAAGUCGCUGCCUGCGCAAACUUCUAGUUUUUGAGAUAUUAAUUUUGAAGUUUGAAAAGUAAGCCAUUAAACUUAUAUUUCGCAACUUAAAAAAAUCAUUGCGCAGGUAGCGACUAUGCGGAAUUUUCUUCUAGGCCUUCAGAGAGUGUUUGAGCAAUGUUGUAGAAAAAUCCAAACCUCCUUUGUAAGAUCAAAAUAGUUUAGAAAAAGUUUCUCUUGUCGAGGUCAAAUUAAGAUGAUCAAUAUAUUUUUGAAGGCGAUGUCGGAAUCUCCAAAUCAACCACAGCAGUCGGAAGCCGAAGAAAAUCCGAUUACUCGGGCUCCUUUCCAACUGAUCACCGGGGAAGAGCUCGAGACCUGGAGACGGACGAUUCUCUACGUCGAGCGGAUUAAUUUGCGAACACUCGAACUGAAGACGGUUAUCACACCGAGGGACCUGCCGCGAUUUACUGACUUGAGAAAAAUGAUGGUCUUUUUGGACCAAACAAGAGUAAUGAGUGAGUCUGUUUUUGUGUUCUUUAUAUCAUAGGCGCAGUAAAAAAUGGAGUUGAAGACAAAUAUUUCAUUUUGUAAAACUCUUUCUUGCCUGACGAAUGGCGAACUUCCUGAUUUAAAAAAAAUUCAAAGACGGAGAAAGAAAAGCUUGAGUUCUUGCGAAAAGGCGUUUUGCAGUAAAGUUGCUCUAUGGACAACACGCUGCGCCAUUCAUCGGACUUUCGCGUUUUUUUACUUUUUUUCACAUUUUGGUUUUUUUCUGUUUUCAAUAUCGUCAUGAAAACUUGCUAUUUCUCAAAAAAAUUUGCAAAAAAAUACGCGAGAUGCUUCUGUGGGGGGGAUGAUGAUUUUUUUACACAGAUUUCGAUUAUGAAUUUUUAAAGCAUGUUUCAAAAAAACAAAUGGCGGUGAAAUAAAAUCACGUUUUUUUCUUUGACAGUAGUUUCAAAUAGCCCGUUCUAUUCGCAAUGAAAAGCUCUACAAGGUGCUGAUUUCACCUCAAACCGCGUUUUUUUACAGUCGUUGUCUUAAAAUUAAAUUGAGUAUGUUUAAAGAAUUCCUCCUGCCGAUUGAACCUGAGGCAAAGCGGAACAAGUUGAUCGAGUACAAUCUCAAGCAAAAAGCUUUCAAUCAAAUGGUCAGUUCAUUUUCUUAUUGUAAAGGAUACCGCCCGCGCAAGUUGUUUCGAGCCGGGUACACUGAAAAACGAUUUUUUUGAAGAGGCUGAUGAAAACAAACAGAAGCUUAAUUUCAGUUUUCCACAAUUGGCGAAAGGAACGAAAUCCAACAGAAGCUGAUCGACGGCCACUCCGCCCCUUGCGAUAAAUUUAAUAAAAUGGUUCAAAUGGCAAUCGAUGUGAGUUAUAGUCCAUCCUUCCCGAAUUGAAAAGCGAAGGGGGUUCGCGGUUCUUUGCACGAGUUCAAUUCAACCGCCACCGAUUAUUUAAACAGCUCCGUAACCGAUCUUUUUGUAUCUAUUCUAUCAAUUUUUGAUGCAUGAAUGGAAGAAAUCAAUACGGAGUUGAAAAAAAAAUCGGAAAGAGCGAACUUUUCUUCAGCCUUUUUAGCUCACCAAGAAAGAAAGGCUCAAUAAAGGCCGCAAAACGGAACCCUUUUAGCGGCCAUUUUGCACUCCCUUUGGCAGUUGAGAGCAAUCAGGAGCGUUCAAAAACGUAAAAAUGAAGUGUCACCUCGAAAAUUUUGAUUCAGAGCGGGGAUGAUGUGAAAAUCGACGUUCUCUUCCGCAGACAGGUCGCCAGCUGCCUUUUUCUGGAUCUCGUCAGAAAAGUUUUUUGGUACUGGGCCCCAAAACGCAAUAGGGCAUAA